CGGCGGCCCGACAGCGGACCCUGCCCCGGGGCAUUUCCCCGCAGAGCCUGCUUCAAAACAAGUCAACAAGGCGUGGUGCGUGCGCGGCGGCGGCCUGCAGCAGUCUCCCCGCGACACCUCCGAGCCUGUCGCCCGGCUUUGUUAACCCUCGGCGGGGGCUGGUGACCGACACCGUUGAGCUUGCGCUCUGUCUGGCUCUUCCCGGUGUCGGCUAAGGCCGUGCUUGUAGCUUGAGAAAUGAGGGGCAUUAAGAUGGCAAAACAGACUGCCCGGGGUAGGGCGCAGCAGAAAUGUCAGGGAAAGCCAAUCCGUGGAGGUGGCGCGGGAGGAGGGGACGCCCGGGCCGCUCGUAGCCACGUGGAAAAGUUGGUCAACUUGUGAUGAGCAGCUUCGCGCUUGCUUUGAGCAAGAGCACCCCAUUCAGAUGGGGUUGCGUGCAGGGAUCGGGAAAACAGCCUGUUAAAUGAUUGGCCUGUAUCUCCAGGCUAAGAGAUGAGCUAUUUUGUUGCUGAUCAUGUCCAAUGGAACGGCCCAGAUCUUUUAAUUAGAGUCGUCUUCCUUCUACUCCUGAAAUCUUUAUAAACACGCCAUCAACUUCUAGUAUCUACAAAUGAUCGUACCACCACACUCUCUGUUACCAUCUAGUCCUGAGUUAAGCUCUUUGCGCUGUUUUAGUCUUGUGUUCCAGCCAAAGAAUGCAUAUUAAUUGUGAUAUUAGUCAAAGAAGAACAUAAAUGGAAAGGAAAUGUGUUGCCCAAAACAGGCAUUUUAGAGCUAACUACAAAUGGGCUUUUAAAAUUACUACCAGUGCAAUGUACUAAAAAUACAACGAGGGGCACGCGGCUAAGUGUUUUCUUCUGCUGCUCUUCAACUGAUGUUCAAGUGGAGUGCUGCUUUCAGAGUGUAUGGAAAUGUGAAGAGUAAAUUGCAUAAUUCCCUGUGCUGCUCAACGAGGCUGGAGUCUUUCCUCAUUAGUUUGCUUUUUGAUGCUUCGUAGCAGUAUAAGUCCCUCACCAGAUGCUUUUAGGGGCCUAAGUUGCAUCGAUUAUUUGGGGCCUGGAAAAGUUACAGUUUGAACUGAACUGCCGGAGGCAUGAAGAGGCCUAGUUCGGGUGCUCUACAAAAUCUAAGAGAUGUUGAUCAUCCAGCUUCUCCUCUGCACUCCUGUUCAAGUGUGAGAGGAUGAAACGAGGAGGAGGAAGAGAUAGUGACCAUAAUUCAUCAGAAGAAGGUACUGCAGAGAAAUCCAAGAAACUGAGGACUACAAAUGAGCGUUCUCAGACUUGCGAUUGGGGUAAUCUCCUUCAGGACAUUAUUCUCCAAGUGUUUAAGUAUCUGCCUCUUCUUGACCGGGCUCAUGCUUCACAAGUUUGCCGCAACUGGAACCAGGUAUUUCACAUGCCUGACCUGUGGAGAUGUUUUGAAUUUGAACUGAAUCAGCCAGCUACAUCUUAUUUGAAAGCAACACAUCCAGAGCUGAUCAAACAGAUUAUUAAAAGACAUUCAAACCAUCUACAAUAUGUCAGCUUCAAGGUGGACAGCAGCAAAGAAUCAGCUGAAGCAGCUUGUGAUAUAUUAUCACAACUUGUGAAUUGCUCUUUAAAAACACUUGGACUUAUUUCAACUGCUCGGCCAAGCUUUAUGGAUUUACCAAAGUCUCACUUCAUCUCUGCACUGACGGUUGUGUUUGUAAACUCCAAGUCUUUGUCCUCCCUUAAGAUAGAUGACACCCCAGUAGAUGAUCCCUCCCUCAAAGUACUAGUGGCCAACAACAGUGAUACACUCAAGUUGCUAAAAAUGAGCAGCUGUCCUCACGUCUCUCCAGCAGGUGUCCUUUGUGUGGCAGAUCGGUGUCAUGGCUUACGUGAACUGGCCCUGAAUUACCACUUGCUAAGCGAUGAGUUGCUGCUUGCUCUGUCUUCUGAAAAACACGUUCGAUUAGAACAUUUGCGCAUUGACGUGGUCAGUGAGAAUCCUGGACAGACACACUUCCAUGCUAUUCAGAAGAGCAGCUGGGAUGCUUUCAUCAGACAUUCACCCAAAGUGAACUUAGUAAUGUAUUUUUUUUUAUAUGAAGAGGAAUUUGAUCCGUUCUUUCGGUAUGAAAUACCUGCCACCCAUCUUUACUUUGGGAGAUCAGUAAGCAAAGAUGUGCUUGGCCGUGUCGGAAUGACAUGUCCUAGACUAGUUGAGCUAGUAGUGUGUGCUAAUGGAUUACGGCCACUUGAUGAAGAGUUAAUUCGCAUUGCAGAACGUUGCAAAAAUCUGUCGGCUAUUGGACUAGGGGAAUGCGAAGUCUCAUGCAGUGCCUUUGUUGAGUUUGUGAAGAUGUGUGGUGGCCGCCUGUCUCAAUUAUCCAUUAUGGAAGAAGUAUUAAUUCCUGACCAAAAGUAUAGUUUGGAGCAGAUUCACUGGGAAGUGUCUAAGCAUCUUGGUAGAGUGUGGUUUCCAGACAUGAUGCCCACUUGGUAAAGACCAGAUGACAUAGGGCAUGAUGAAUAAUAGCACCUUAAUUUUAAGCAUAUUGUAUUAUAAUAAAAGCUUAUUUCCUGUAGGUCUGAUAUAAUUCUACUAUUUUGUGGCACAGAAAUUUGAUAUCUUCAUUGAGUAUAUAAGGAUUGUUUUUUGGAAGACUCAUGGACCAGUUUUGGUCAGAAAACUUCAUCUAUUUCUUUAGCCUAAUAGCAGUUAAAUCUCAAAAAAUUAGAAAAGUGAUUCAGAUCUGAAAGUAGUAAAGAUUAAACAUUUUACAGUCUGAAGGAAACAAAACAUAUAUAUUAUAAUAUCUAAUAAGUGAGUACUAAUAGGUUUUCCAAAAUGUGAUGUUCUCUAUGCAUUUUUUAAAAAUGUAAACUUGACAUUUUAGGGUCUUCAGUUAUACAUACACCUGUUAUAAGGUGUUUAAUAUAGCUCAGGAAAGUGAGCAUUUUGUGAGAAAAAUGUAGGAUAUAUUGUAUCUAAUGAAAAAGUUUGGUUGAAUGUUCUAAAAUGUUACAAAGCUGUUGAAAGAAGUAUAUACAAUUAAUUGGAACACUUAGAAAAACUGAUGUCACACAGUGGUUACUGUAGAAAGAUAAUAAUAAAUAGAGCCAAGAUCAAAUUAAAAGAAAAUGAGUGGAAUAAAAGGGAGGCAGUGUUUAGCUUUGUAUAAACUUUUAGGAUUGCUCUGUAAUCUGCUAAACUAUAUAAAUUCUUUUCUGUGAUA